AUGUCCAACGGCACCAACAACACCUCGCAGGGUGGCGGCCCGUCUCAGGGCGGCGGCGGCAGCUACCAUACCAGCUGGCCAUUUAGCUUCAACGCAGCCGCCGUGGCUACCAACACACCAAACACCGCGGCUAGGGCCGAUGGAUACAGCAACCUGAGCGGUGCAAGCAGCGGCCGGCCUCGUCUCAGCGGCGGAAACGGCAGUGCCUUCCCGCCGCCUGCCUCCAGACGAUACGGUCCCCGAGGGGGUGACCCGUACGCGUCCACCCUGGCGCACCGCCGUCAGAACAACACGACGGCGACGACAGCUUCGUCGCGCGACAAAAGGACGCAGGGCAGCGGCCAACGCCAAGGAAACGACCCAGAGCGAAAGCGCGUCGUCGUCGCUUGUACACGAUGCCGCAAGCGAAAGAUUCGCUGCAGCGGAGACGACGGCCAGGGUGGCCCUUGCACCAACUGUAAGAACGCAAGUGAGCCAUCGUGCCUGUUUAUGCGAGUACAGGCGGGCUCCCUGGAUGAGGUGCGCAAGAAGGAGGAAGAAAAGAGAAUGGCGGCGACGGCUGUUGCCAGCACCUUCACCUACGAUAUUGACACAUGUCGCCAAUACCAGUCCCGCGGCGCGGCAUCGAUCGGAGCGGGCAUGUCGGCACACUCGACGGCCUAUGGCGCGCCGUCCGGUGCUGCCUUUGGCGUACCUGGCAACAUGAUGUACAGUUGGGCCCCGGGCCUGGCGGCAGCGUACAGCGACAACACCGGCCAUGGAGCCAGCGACACCAACAACGGGGUUGCUAGCACAGGGUACGGGAUACCUUACCACGGGAUGCCAUACCAUGGAAUCCCCAGCCCAGACACGGGCUACAUGGGCGACAACGACUUGAUGGAGCGACCGACGACAACCUCAAUGACAGAUGCCGGCGGAGCAUUUGCACUGCAGAGCAUGUCGGCGGGCCUGCCGACAAGCGGCGGGAGCCAGGCCGGUGCCUACGGACACAGCCACAACCAUGGCCACCAUGGUCACAGCCCCAUGGGGUCGACGCAAGCGCCCCGAUCGAUCCCCGGAGCUCCAAACGUGCUGGGCUCCACGAGGGGUGUGCCACAGUCAUCUGUCUUUUCCGCGUCGCGCGGCGCGGCGACACAGCAGUACCCGUCCCCGGUGACGACACCCAUAACAAGCGGUGUCAGUCCGGUGUGGUCGGGGUACGACCAGUCGCCGUAUGGGCCGACGGGGGGCAUGCCCCCGAGUAUAGUCGCGCAGUCACUCGACAGGCUGCCGGAUCUGUACUCGGCGACGCCGCCGCCGCCGCACCCGCCAACAUCAGCGGGUGGUGGUGCUGCGCCGCCGAGUGGGAGCGGCAGUCAUCGCGGCAGCCUGCGCGGCGAGGACGAGGGGCUGAACAGCGGUGGCGGCGGUGGUGAGGGUAGCAAUAAUAGCGGCAGCCACCACCACCAUCACCAGUCACCACUACAACAUCAGCACUUUGGCUACGACUAA